AAUUUUGCGGAACUUACAUUCACACAGAUACUGACAGUAUUUUGUUUUCCAUUUGGACUCCUCUUCAAAAGUCUCAAUGAUGCUAUAAUUCCUACCAGGGUCUUGGGGCAUGUAGGAACAACCAUAAAAAUGUAACAGCUUCUGUUUCCAGUGCCCAUUAAAGGAAGUUUUUAAGCCUAUUUUUGAAUUUGGGCGUGGGAAGCGUCUGUGGCCCAUAAAUUCAAGAGAAAUGUUUUUUAACAUUGCUCUUGAAUCUGUCUCUAGAGUAUGAAAUCACUGCCCGCUGUUGCAGAGGAGAAGGAAAAAAAGUCCUGUCUGCCUCAAAAGGCCUCAUGCCUAAUGACUUGCCAGGCCACUAAAAGCUCCCAACUUGCCCACCUCAAAAUGCAGCCUUCCUCCAUGCAGCAGUUCCUGCCAGACCCUGCCCACAGCUUCUUGCUGUCUGCACCCCCUUUCUGCUCAUCCACUCCGGUUGCAAUGACCCACUUAUAUACGUAUCAGGUAAAGAAAAUGCAUACAGCCAGCCACCUGCUGCCCAGCAGCUCGCAUACCGGGAAAGGGGAAAAAUGACUAAUGGGCUUAAGGUCAGCGGCAGUGCUCACCUGUGUCCUGGCAGAUCUGUAUGCCAACAGAGGCAGCGCGUGCUAUGUGGCCUGCACCAUGUGCGCAUCUCCUGCACCUGCUGGCUUCUGGCUGCCCAGCCUGCAUAUGCAUUUAUUCAGGUUGGGAAGUAUGCCUUAGGACCUGGCUGGCGGACUCACACUGCCUUACGUCUAGUUCCCAGGUAAACUAAAGGAGCGUUAUUAACUUGAGUGACUGUCAUCUAUCAGCUUCUACCACAGAAGUUACUUACCAGCUUGCUUGUGACCAGCAGACUAUGCGUUUCACAGCUCUGAUCUAGACCAUCACAGAAUGUUGAAAGAGGACAUCAUUGAAUGCGAAGUAGCUGUACAGAGAAAAAUACAAUAAGCUCACAGCUCUUGUUGCGAUCAGGUUACGUCUUCUGCAAAUUGUGCUGUGUACAUGAUACUUCCAGGAAUGCUUGGAUUUGUAUCAAAUAACAAAGAGUCCCAACUAUCUAAAAAUUCCAAGCAUUUGUCUAUUUUGCAACUGUCUUUCAAGCUAUGUCAUGUGGUAUCCACUAUUUAGCUUCUGUGUUCAUGGCUGUUACUCCUAACUUUGUAUGUGAUAUCCCUGGAAAUGUGAGUAGUGUUCUCUCCUACAACUCCUCUGGAUCAAGUGUAGAGGAUAUCUGGACACUAUGGACGUCAACAGAAAAUUACAUCGUGGUCCAGCUGGGAAAUGGAGAAACCUGGGAACUUAAUCAAUGCAGCAGGUCCAAACGAGAAGUCAGUUCGGAUCUCACAUACGAAUAUGAAGGCAACAAGUCUGAAUUUUCUUGUUCUGAUGGAUUUCUCUAUGAUCAUACAAAAUGGAAGAGCACUAUUGUUACAGAGUGGGAUUUGGUCUGUGAUCGAGAAUGGCUUGCAAAAUUAAUCCAGCCUACAUUCAUGCUUGGAGUCUUGAUUGGAGCAGUGAUUUUUGGUGAUAUUGCUGACAGGAUGGGAAGACGGCGUGUUAUAUGGUUCACGAGUGCUGGUCAGUUUGUAUUUGGCAUUGCAGUGGCGUUUACAUUUGACUACUACAGUUUUGUGGUUGUGCGCUUUCUCCUUGCUAUGGUUUCAAGUGGCUAUCUGGUUGUGGCUUUUGUUUAUGUGACUGAAUUUGUUGGCACUAAAGCUCGAACCUGGGCUUCUAUGCAUGUCCAUGCUUUUUUUGCUGUGGGAAUUAUGGUUGUGGCACUCGUGGGAUUUUUGAUUCGGACCUGGUGGGUCUAUCAGAUAUUUCUCUCCAUAACAACUCUUCCCUUUGUCUUGUGCUGCUGGAUGCUCCCAGAAACACCUUUUUGGCUACUGUCAGAGGAAAGAUACGAAGAUACACAAAAAGUAAUUAAUAUAAUGGCAAGAUGGAACAAAGUAAGCACUCCUUGUAAAAUUUCUGAACUCUGCUCAGUCCGACAAGAUGAUCUAGUCAGUGGCAGAACGGGUGAUAAUGACUUAUCUUCAACGAAGAAGCACAACAUCCUAGAUCUGUUUUGUAAUUGGCACAUUGCAAGAAGGACCAUUACAGUCUGGCUGGUCUGGUUCACUGGGAGUUUAGGAUACUACGUGUUCUCCCUGAGCUCGGUCAAUCUAGGAGGCAAUGAGUAUUUAAAUCUGUUUCUCAUAGGUGCUGUGGAGUUGCCUUCCUAUAUCAUUGCUUGCAUUGGGAUGGACAAACUGGGAAGGAGAAACACACUCAUUCCGUUCCUUUUAUCAAGUGCACUGAUUUGUGUUUUAAUUAUGUUCAUACCUCAGGAUUUCAAUAUAUUAAUUAUCUUAGCAAAUAUGGCUGGAAAAUUUUCAAUAGGUGUGGCAUUUGGCCUUAUUUAUCUUUACACGGCAGAACUGUAUCCAACAAUUGUAAGGUCACUUGCUGUUGGAAGUGGGAGCAUGAUGUGCCGCGUAGGAAGCGUGGUCGCUCCUUUCUGUGUAUACCUGAGAAGCGUUUGGAUUUUCAUGCCACUUUUGCUUGUUGGAAUCAUGGCUCUUCUGAGUGGAAUAUUAACCAUAAUGCUUCCAGAAACUCUUGGAAAACCAUUAACUAAUACUUUGGUGGAAGCUACAGAAAUGGGAAGAAACAAGGAAAGCUGUUCAGGGAAGACUCCUCCAGAAAAGAUAGAGAUGUUUGGUCAAGAAACAGCCAGCAUUGAGAAAUGAAACAACAGCAAAAUGGCUGUUCCUGAUUUUACUCACUAUGUAAUUCUUAAGGUCAUUUUAUUCAAGAAAUGUGACUGUACUGUAAUAAUCUGUGCCUUUUAAUUUGUAUCCAGUCUUUCCUCUUGAAUAGAGCAAGUAUACAAAACCUUUUCCACAAGAGUCACGUACUACAGAAAAAUUGAUGGGAUUUCUAGAUCCUCUCUCAAACUUUUUCAGAAUUUAGAAAACCUAUCUGACUUGUUGUGACCGGUAGGAAUGACUACUCUAAAUUUUGAAAACUACCUGAUUAUACAUAUGUACAAAAACAUGUCAAUUCUUUGCUUCACAUUCUUUGCAGCUAUAUUUGGAAACCCACUACAAAAUGCCCUGUCCCCAGUCCUUCCUUGUCCUACUGCAAUCGACAGUUGCAGGAUUCAGACUUCAGACCAUGGCAAACUCAAACACACCGGUAUAAUUCAACAAAGACUUCACAUGGCAUCAAGUCAUACCAAUAAUUUUCAAGUUAAACUGAUUUAUCCGAUUUAUUUUUCAAAUUUGCUACUGGAAAAGCUGCCAUUGCUAGCAAAGAAAAGUAUUCUGUGGAACAGCUUCUGCCCGAAACAGUAAUAUUACAUUUGCAGAAUGUGCAGCUAGUUUGUUUACUGUUCAUUCUGUUGAAUGGCAAAUGUAUUUUUGUUAGUGGUUUAGAAAGAAUUAUUCACUGGAUCUGUUGCUGUCUUAGUAAAUUCUUUUUAGUUUAGGUAACACUUGAUGCCUUUAAAAAUCUCAUUCAUUCCAGACUGUUAUUUCAGUGCACCCUUCUCACUGAUUUCAGCUCAAAUCUAGCAUCAGAGUCUUCUUACUUUUGAGAGUUAGGCCAGCAGCUUUGCCAAAUGUCUGCCACAAGGCCUAGCCCUGUCCAGUCCUCAGUGAAACAGAAUAAAUGGCGCAUGGGUCUUACUCAGGCUCUCUACACAGAGGUGGAUUUAAUUAUGGCAAAUGUUUGGUAGACAUGGUACCUACGCACUGUUUUUAUCGUAGGCCAUCUCUCGGUAGCUCCAUUUUUUUCCUCCUACUAUGCAAAAUCCAAGACAAAAUUAGAAAUUAAAUAAAUGGCAGCUGGAAGAAACUGAUCAGCAGACAGAAUAAUUACCAGCUCCUGGUAGUUUUAGUUCCAGUGACUGCAAGCGUCCCACUGUUGUCACACCUCAUGUGUGCAUCAAUACUUAUUUGCUGGUUCAGCAAUUGUGUCUUAUGACUGUGGACCAUAGAAAAUGGAUACAGGUCUGAACGCAUCAUUCUGCCUGCUGCUUUUAUGGCUUCCUGUCCCAGCUCUCCUUUUUCAGCGUACCUCCAGACACGCUUUUUUUUUCCCCCCUGAGAUCCUCAUCUCUCCGUCACCCUUGAUUUGAGGCAGGCGGCCGAGUGAGCUGGUGUGUGUCUAGGUCGAUGGAGCCUGCCGUUGCCUGGGCUAUGUGAACUCUGUCAUCCCCAGAUUGAAAUCAGAAUUUUUCUUGUCCUAGAUACCUUCUCUCAAGCUAGCUCAUCAACCUCAUCAAAACAAGUCUUCCUUUUUUACUUCUUGGCCAUGUACCCUGAAAUAAGACAUCUAAAUUACUGUAGCUAAAUAGUCUAUGUUCUGUGUCAAUGUUCACAUUUUUCUGUUAUGUCUGCACAGUCAUAUUAGUUUCAAUGACUUCUAAACCCAGAAUUUGGUUUAUACCUGCUUAUGAAAAAAAAAAAAAAAAAAAAAGAUUUCCUCUCCAAGCACUGCACGGUCCUGGAGUACCAAGUAGCAUUUUGGUCUUGGACUUAGGACGAGCUCAUAUCCUGUGUGAGCACUAACAUGUUUCAAAGCUAAACAAAAAUCAACAAGGUGAAAUUUAGGGAGUUUCUGUGUGAUAACUCCGUGUAAAGCCAAAUGGGAUCUUUAUUCUCCCCUGGGUUAUUUGGGUGUUCCAAUAUUUACAGAGAAAACCUCAGAAGAGGACUGCAUAGAAUAUUAUGGCUUCUGUCCAGAUAUAUUAAUUCAGCAAAAGCAUGUGCUUAACCAUAACCAUGUGAGUAAUCCCAUCGUUAUUCAGAGGAGUGCUUGCAUACAUACUUUGAUGACUAAAGAUGGGAUUACUCACAUGCUAUGGCUUUUUAUUUUGCUGGAGAGCGGCCCUAGUAUUCUUCCACUACUUUUCCCCUCCAUUCCCCAGGGCAGAGCAGCUGUCCUUAUCUGCAGCAUCUGCUUCCAAACCCUGCACGCCCUGCCUUUAACAAGGGCUUAACAGUGCUGCGAGGGAAAGUGCCUUGCAAAAGUCCUGGCUGCCUGACAUUACAACCACUGUCCCUCACAAAGCUCCAAGUAGUUGCAUUAUCUGGGGUUAUUUCACACUGAUACUCCUUCCUUUUUAGCUCAUGGUCCUAUCUAAACCACCUUAGUCCUGAGUGCUGGAGAGAGUACAGUAUAUUUCUAAUAAGGUACUAAAGCAAGAUUGAAAUUAAUUUAUUGAAAAAUUGUUUGGGGGAUUAUUGUUCUGUGGGAUUGUUUUGGGGAUUAUCCUUCAGCUGAUGCAGGUUAACUUUGCAGGUUACUUGAGCGAUUCGGGACCAGGUCUUCUGUAAGCAGGAUUACAGAGAAAAAAGAAAAAAAAGCAAAGACCUAAGUACACAAGGAUACCUGAGCAAUCCUUACAGGCUACAAUUCUUUAAUGAUGAUUCUGACACAAAAUGUAGCUUGUGGGUUUUUAACCCUUUAAAUCAGUUCCCCUUGUCACUGAAGUCGGUUGGUAUUUGGUCUUUGAUUCAAAUGAGACCUGGGUUUUCUCUGAACGAAUGAUGUCACUUUUCUCCUGGAAAUAAAAUGUUUAUUGACCUACACAUACACCUUUUGUGAUUUAAUGCAUGAGUAGCUUUGAGGAUGCUCUGUUUUUUAGCUGAAGAAGCUUAUUACUGUGAAAAGGAAAUAGCAUGUGUGUAUGUGUCCAUAGCAUUUCUGUUUACUUGGUUUUUCCAUGUUGACAAAAAUAUGUUUAAUUAUAAAUUAAAUGCUACAUUAUAAAUGUAGAAAGGGUGAGUUGGUUUUCUGUAGAAAGGGUGAGUUGAUUUCUUUCUUUUAAGUAUUCAUAAAUUAUCUGAAUCCUCUUGAAAGAGGGCACUGAGUUUGUGAAAAAAUGCUUCUGUUCCUGUGAAGCAUAUUUUCCCCUCAUUGCUCAUUAAAAAGAAUUCUUUCCCAUGGUU